AUGGAAGAUUCGGAAAGUAAUAUUUCCUAUUUUUCUUCCUUUUGUGAAGAAAACGGAGCUUUACAGGAUGGAUUUUUCGAACUUUUACUAUUAAAUGAACUUAUUGAUACAGGAUUACUUGAUAAUUCUGAAUCAGAGUAUGAAUGAAAUGAUAGUGAUACAGAAAAUGUUGAUACAGAUGACAAAAUAUUGGAGUUUUUUUAA